AUCGCGUUCCCGGAAGUGGCGGCCGGCCUUGGGGCAAUGAGUCGGUGUUGCAAGCUACCGAGCCUUUGGCUUCAGUGCUCACGAAUCCACUCUGCAUCGCGAUGCCUGAAAAGCAAAACGGGGGCCGAGCACCGUUGGCUGGAGCGGCACUUCAAGGACCCGUUCGUAAAGGAAGCCAAGAAGCAGAGCUAUCGCUGCCGGAGCGCCUUCAAGCUGCUGGAAAUGGAUGACAAGCGCAGCAUCCUUCGCCCCGGCCUUUGUGUGUUAGAUUGCGGCACGGCCCCCGGCGCUUGGGCUCAGGUGGCAGUCCAGAGAGUCAAUGCUGCGGGAUCGGAUCGAGAUGCCCCUGUCGGCUUUGUUCUUGGGGUUGACCUUCUUCACGUCUUCCCUCUGGAAGGAGCUGUCUUCCUGCCUCAUUCUGACAUCACGGACCCGGACACUCAAAAUAAGAUCCAGGAAGUCCUUCCCAAGGGCAAAGUGGACGUCAUCCUGAAUGACAUGGCGCCCAAUGCCACGGGGAUUCGGGAUAUCGAUCACCAGCGGCUGAUCGGCCUGUGCUUGUCUGUUGCUGAUCUGGCCCGGCACGUUUUGGUGCCCGGCGGGACCAUGCUUUGUAAGUUAUGGGACGGUUCGGAAAGCCAUCGCCUUCAGAAGAGAUUGAUGCAAGACUUUGCGGAAGUGAGAACAUUAAAGCCCCAAGCCAGUAGGAUGGACUCAUCCGAGAAGUAUUACCUGGCAAAAUCGUACAGGCUGCAGCGUUAA